AUGUAUUUUAAGGCCCACCAGAAAGUGAGCUCCGAAUUGGAAGAAGGAAAUGAGCUGGCAGACAGAGAGGCAAAAGAGGCAGCCAAAGCCCUGCACUACGGGACCCUCCUGGGCAGCAGAGCUUGUGCCCACAUGGCAGCAGCUGCCUGGGCCAGUGGCUUUCUCAAUGCUCUGCUGCACACGGCCAACACAUUUUCCCUGCCCCUGUGCCAUGGCAAUGCCCUGGGCCAGUUCUUCUGUGAAAUCCCCCACAUCCUCAAGCUCUCCUGCUCACACUCCCACCUCAGGGAAUUUGGGCCCAUUGCAGUUAGUGCUUUCCUAUAUUUGGGAUGUUUUGUGUUCAUUGUUUUCUCCUAUGUGCAGAUCUUCAGGGUCGUGCUGAGGAUCCCCUCUGAGCAGGGACAGAACAAAGCCUUUUCCACCUGCCUCCCUCACCUGGCCGUGCUUUCAGUGUUUAUCAGCACUGGCUUUUUUGCCUACCUGAAGCCCCCCUCCAUCUCCUCCCCUUCCCUGGACCUGGCAGUUUCAGUUCUGUACUCAGUAGUGCCUCCAGAUAAGAGCUCAACACCCCCUGGCUGCACCCUCCUGUCGGAGAGUUGUAGAGAAUGA